AUGUUCCUCAUCAACGGCCAAUUCCCCGGCCCCCUCAUCCAAGCGAAUUGGGGCGACUGGGUCGAAGUGACCGUGACGAACAACAUCCAGGCGCCGGAAGAAGGCACGUCCCUCCACUGGCACGGUCUCCUACAAGCCGGCACACAAUGGCAAGAUGGCGUCCCGGGCGUCAGCCAGUGCCCGAUUGCGCCUGGCGAAACGUACACGUACAGGUUCCGCGCCGACCAGUUCGGCUCGAGCAUGUACCACGCACACUACAGCGCGCAGUACACCGCCGGCGUCUAUGGCGCCAUGAUCACGUACGGCCCGACGCAGCUCGAUUACGACAUCGAUGUCGGCCCGGUGAUCGUCAGCGACUGGAACCACAUCCCGUACUUCAGCAUUGUGCAAAAUGUCAUGACGAUGAACAUGUCCGAGUACCCGACGUACAGCGAUAGCGGACUGAUCAACGGUCGUGGACGCUUCGACUGCUCCAAGCCUUCGUAUGGACAGAGCUUCAACGAUUCGAACUGGCUUGCGAGCAACUACCCUUCCACGCUGCAAUGGUCUUGCGUUGAUGACGCGCAGAGGUCGCAGUUUCGCUUCCAGAGCGGGAAGACGCAUCGGCUGCGGUUGAUGAAUGUUGGUGCUGAUGGCUUCCAAAGAUUUUCCAUCGAUGGACACACCAUGACAGUCAUUGCCCUCGACUACGUUCCCGUGCAGCCAUACACCACCGAUUCGAUCAUGCUCGGCAUCAGCCAGCGCGCAGACGUGCUCAUCACCGCCGACGCAUCCUCCACCUCCUCCUUCUGGAUGCGCUCCGAGCUCCUCAAUGCCGCAACAUGCGGCGGCCUUGCGCCACCCGGAAUCAACGAAUUCCCCAUCUUCGCCGAAGUCUACUACGAAGACGCCGACACCACCCUCGAGCCCGUGUCCACCACCACCGUCAAGAGCACCAGCUGCAACAACGCGCCCAUCGACAUCACGCAACCGGAAUACGUCAUCCCGCCCAGCACGCAGCCCUUCUACCAAGACCUCGUCCUCACCAUGACCGUCAACGAUACCGGCUCCUGGGAAUGGGAAAUCAACGGCCAGACCUACCGCGCAGACUACAACAACCCGCUGCUCUACGACGCCGCCGACGGCCAAACCUCCUUCCCCUCCGACCCGCAGUACAACCUCUACAACUUCGCCUCCAACACGUCGGUCGUGCUCAACAUCACCAACGCCACCCCCUUCCCCCACCCCAUCCACAUGCACGGGCACAACUUCUACGUGCUCAACGUCGGCGGUGUCGGCGCGCCGUGGGACGGCAGCACCGUCAACCCGACGAACCCGCUGCGCCGCGACGUGCAGAUUGUGCCGCCGCUCGGCUUCAUUGCGAUUCAGUUUGAAGCGAACAACCCGGGCAUUUGGCCGCUGCAUUGCCACGUUGCGUGGCAUUUGAGCGGCGGCUGGUAUAUCAACGUCAUGAGCCAGCCGGAGUUGCUGACCAUUCCGGCGGGAGAGAGGGAUUUGACGUGCAAGGCGUGGGAUGCGUGGACGGCAAAGAACGUCGUCGACCAGAUCGAUUCUGGAUCGUGA